AUGGUUUCCCUUUCGGUUCGCCAGUCUCUGGCAAUCCUUCUCACCCUUGCCUCCGACACUCUUGCCAAGGACUGGCUCAGCCCUGAGUACACCUGGCUCUAUGAGUUCCCUCUUCCUAUCCCUCCCCAAAAGCAGGAGAAGUUCUCCGACAAGCCGGUCAUCAACCCCGUUACGGGCAAGAAGAUGAGAUACUACGAGAUCGAGAUCAAGCAGCUUAGCCAGAAGGUGUACCCCAACUUGGGCAAUGCCACUCUCUUUGGAUACGAUGGUGUCUCUCCCGGUCCAACCUUCAUGAUGGAACGUGGCGAGGAGGCAGUGGUCCGCUUCACCAAUCAUCACCCGAGCAUGGCUAACUCUGUCCAUCUUCACGGUUCAUACUCGCGCACCCCUUGGGAUGGAUGGGCUGAGGAUGUCACCAAGCCUGGGGAGUACAAGGAUUACUACUACCCCAACAACCAGGCUGCACGAACCCUCUGGUACCACGACCAUGCCAUCGACCACACUGCAGAGAAUGCCUACUAUGGUCAAGCCGGCGCUUACAUUCUGCACGAUCCUGCUGAGGAUGGUCUUGCUCUUCCCAGCGGUUACGGCAUCUACGAUAUCCCUUUGAUCCUGUCUGCCAAGCAAUACAACCCUGACGGCUCCCUGUUCUCUCCCGCUAGCGAGACCACCAGUCUUUACGGUGAUGUCAUCCACGUCAACGGACAGCCUUGGCCCUACCUGAAGGUUGAGCCUCGCAAGUAUCGCUUCCGCCUUCUCGAUGCUGCCAUUUCCCGCACCUUCCUGCUUUACCUCGAGAACAGCAAGGGAGAGCGCGCCGAUUUCCAGGUGAUCGCGUCCGACGCUGGUCUUCUCACCGGUCCUCAAAAGGUCCAGGAGCUGUAUAUCGCCAUGGCUGAGCGCUACGAGAUCGUCGUCGACUUCUCCAAGUUCAAGGGCGAGAACGUCACUCUUCGCAACACUCGCGGUUUUGCUGCCGAUCAGGAUUUCCUCCACACCGAUAAGGUCAUGCGUUUCGUGGUCAGCGACCAGUCUGUCGAUGACAAGUCCGAUGUUCCCUCUUCCCUCCGCAACGUCCCCUUCCCCAAGGACAAGACCGGAGUUGACCAGCACUUCCGCUUCGAGCGUACCGGCAGCGACUGGCGCAUCAACGGUGUCACCUUUGCCGAUGUCAACAACCGCGUUCUCGCCCGCCCCAAGCGUGGCACUAUCGAGGUCUGGGAGCUUGAGAACAGCUCUGGCGGUUGGUCUCACCCCAUUCACAUCCAUCUUGUCGACUUCCGUGUUAUCAAGCGUGUCAACGGCCGCGGCGCUGUGAUGCCAUAUGAGUUCCAGGGCCUGAAGGAUGUCGUCUGGCUCGGGCCCGGUGAGACUGUUACCGUUGAAGCCCACUACGCCCCCUGGCCCGGUGUGUACAUGUUCCACUGCCACAACCUGAUCCACGAGGACCACGAAAUGAUGGCUGCCUUCAACGUCACUGUCCUCGAGGAUCUUGGGUACACCGAGGAAUACUUCGUGGACCCCAUGGAGAAGGAGUGGCGCGCCAAGCCGGAGACCUCCAACGCCUACAACUACGACUCUAUCAAGUCCCGCAUGCAGUUCAUGGCCAACUACCAGCCCUACAACAACGUCGACGAGGUCGAGAGCCGCCUCGAUGCCUACUGGGCCACCAAAACCCUGUCCACCUCCACCAUCGCGGCUGCCAGCUCCGCGCCCGCUGCGGUCACAACCACUCCCGUCUCUUCCUCUCCUACCUCCACCAUCACUGCCAAGGCCACGACCACAAGCAAGGCGGAUGAUGACAAGGGUGGAAAGGACAGCACGAAGGACAGUGGCAAGGAUAGUACCAAGGACAGCGGCAAGAAGACCACCACCACUACGAGCAAGAACAAGCGCGGUCUUCGCUUCCGCAACGCCAACAUGCCGAUGCCCAAGCGCACUGCUGCGCCCCAGGCCUGA